GGAGUGUGUUCCGGGCGUGUCCGGACGGCAGGGCCGUGAUCAAAGGCGGGGACCGGAGUCCCUCGCGCCCCUGCCUAACCAGGCCCUUCGAUCAGCCGCUCCAGCCUCCGGAAGGCCUUGUCCCCCAACUGUAAAGUUAAUAUUGUACUUUUCGAAGUUGAAUAUUAUUGUUGAGAAAGUGGAAAAGCACAAGGAAAGAAGCACAUGAGCCGAAUCCCGGCACUCCGGAGACAACCCGGACUAUUUUGCCAACCAUGGCAUCUGGAGAUGACAGUCCUAUCUUUGAAGAUGAUGAAAGCCCCCUGCAUAGCCUGGAAAAAAUGACAGAUCUUGUAGCCGUUUGGGAUGUUGCUUUAAGUGACGGAGUUCAUAAGAUUGAAUUUGAACAUGGGACCACAUCCGGCAAACGAGUAGUAUAUGUAGAUGGGAAGGAGGAGAUAAGAAAAGAAUGGAUGUUCAAGCUAGUGGGCAAAGAAACCUUCUGUGUUGGAGCUGCAAAGACAAAAGCAACCAUAAAUAUAGAUGCUGUCAGUGGUUUUGCUUAUGAAUAUACCCUGGAAAUUGAUGGGAAAAGUCUCAAGAAGUAUAUGGAGAACAGAUCAAAAACCACCAAUACAUGGGUAUUACAUUUGGAUGGUGAGGACUUCAGAGUUGUGCUCGAAAAAGACACCAUGGAUGUCUGGUGCAACGGUAAAAAAAUGGAGACGGCAGGCGAGUUUGUAGAUGAUGGGACAGAAACUCACUUCAGUAUUGGGAACCACGACUGUUACAUAAAGGCUGUCAGUAGUGGAAAGCGGAAAGAAGGGAUUAUUCAUACUCUCAUUGUGGAUAAUAGAGAAAUCCCAGAGACUUCUUGAAUGACUUCAUGUUAAUGAAAAUCUUAAGAAGUGACAAUCAGGACUUUUAAAUACUGUGGUAAAUAAAAAUGUUCAAUAUGUACUUCUCAGUACAUUUA